AUGAGCAGAGUGGCAGAACUCCCUUCCAGAAGUCCCUUUUCCGCCACCGGUGACGCGGUCGGGAAGCAGCGACAUCUUCCCCUCUUGAAUCAACCUUUACGCUCAUCCGACUCUGAUCGCGCCGACCGAAUGGACGUCACACCGAGCGUGUCGGCCGCGCCGACUCAAAACAAUCACGAUGGCGAACCGACUAUACACGUUCCAAAUGGAUCAUCGGAUGGCGCAAAUGCGAGCGGCUCCGGCCCUAGUCAGACUCUCGGAGCUGCCACCGCUGCACAGCAGCCCAAGGUGGUCCAGACUGCCUUUAUUCACAAACUUUACAAUAUGCUUGAAGAUCAGAGCAUUCAGCAUCUUAUCUCUUGGUCUAACACGAAUGAAAGCUUCGUUAUGUCUCCAACGUCCGAGUUCUCUAAAGUUUUGGCGCAAUACUUCAAGCACACAAACAUUUCAUCUUUUGUGAGACAGUUGAAUAUGUACGGGUUCCACAAAGUAAGUGAUGUAUUCCAUAAUGGUUCGCCCGAUUCGACACUAUGGGAAUUCAAGCAUGGAAAUGGCAACUUCAAAAGAGGGGACUUGGUCGGCCUGCGAGAGAUUAAGCGACGCGCUUCACGACACACCCUCAUCCAUCGGGAUUCCUUCUCUGGCAACAAGCCUGGCCCAUCCCAACCCGGAACACCUGCCGAGCCAAUCCAUGAUCCUGGCGAUUUACGGAUCAUGAACAUGGAGCAUUCAUUGUUCGACAUGCAAAACCGUAUGGUGCGAUGGGAGGAGAACCAGUUCAUGUUGAGCUCUCGGUGUCAGGCCCUUGCAGAAUGCCUUGUCAAGUGCCAUCAGUGGACAAACUCAAUUUCGCAAGUCUUGGUUUCCAUGACUCAGGACCACGACAGCGCCUUAUCUCGAGAUGUUUCUAACAUGCAACGGGAAAUCGAACGGCAGCUGGACUCGGUUCGUGCCUUGGAAACACCACACGAGAGUCUCCUUUCCAGUCGACAGCAGCCAUUUUAUGCCAACGUGAUAUCAGAAGCUGGCCCGCCUCUCUCCCCUCGUCAAAUGCCUCAAGAUGACAGCCGCCGCCCAUCUCUUGCUGAUGUCUCAAAGCCGAGCCCUAUCAGGCCUCCAGUCCCUCAACAUCUCGCCGUUUCGCCUCGCCGAUACGGUUCUAUUGGUGCUGGACAUGGGUCUCCCGGCUAUGGUAGACCCCCCCCUCCUCCUCCUCCACCACCUCAGCAACCUCCUAUCUCUCACCCACUGUCUUCUGUGUCUUCUCCUCCGGAACCGAAUCUGGCUCGCCGGCACACGUCGGCUGAUAUUCGCCAACAUGGAUGGCCACCAACCGGUAUCUCUCCUUUCGCCAACGCAGCGGGCAAUUCAUCAGGACCGUGGCCAUCUUCCCCUCAUCGUGCUCCCACUUCGAGCGAGCAGCAAGUCCGAGACGUCUUGGCGCAGUAUGAAAUCAGCGCAUCCAAACGGCGUAACGAUAUAUCCCGUCAUGCAACUCCUCCCAUGGGCUCGGAUGCGAUUCCGCCAUCAGCAUCAUCCUCGCACUUGAAUGUGGAUAGUUCUUGGUCCGGCGGUGGCCCGAAAUUUAUUCGCAAUGAAUCAUUACCUGCGACGCGCCGAUCUAGCAUGGCAAGCAAUGUUCAUUCUCUACUAAAUCCUACCGACACGGCUGAGCGACCCGAGGAAGAGGACUCGGUGUCGGAAGACCGCAAAAGGAAGCGCCUUCAAUAG